AUGUCAAAUUUGUUUUCAGCAUUAAUCAGAAGAACUGUAUUACCAUUUCAACAGCAAUGUAGUGGUGCAUUCCUUACCACUAUGAGAGCUGAACCAAAGAAAGGUGCUCCAGCUGGAAAGGGUGCCGUCAAAAAGAAGGCUGGUGGUGCUCCAAAGAAGAAGAAGAAUGAUAGAGGAAACACACCAUUACAAUUAGAAAAGGUAGCACCACAAUUGUUUACAACCAAAUUACCACAAAACGAUUCAGACUACCCAGAUUGGUUAUACGAAAUCGAAGAACAAUUACCAAGAGAUCAACCAGUAAAGAUUUUGACACCUGCCGAUGGUGGUCGUUAUUUUAAACAACAAAAUAGAAAGAAAAUUAAGUUACACAAUGAAAUCAUGUUGGCAACCAAAGGAAAAGGUCUAUAA